GGGCCGCGGAGCCCGGCGGGGCAGGGCGGGGCUAGGCGGCCGAGAGAGGCCCAGCCCGACCCGGCGCCUGGUGGCCCCACCGGCAAGACCCGGGCGCUGGCCAGGCUGCGAGCCGAAAGCUAGCAGGCGGGAGGAGGCGGAGCGCGGCAGAGGCUGCGAGCCCCGUGUGCCCCGGCCAGCCGGGCCCUUCGCGCGCCCCCUCCUCUCGCCUCUCCUCGCCUCGCCUCCUCCUCCUCUCGCUCUUCUCGCCUCCUCUCCUCUGCCGGGCGCCGCUCCCGUCCGCGCCCGGGCCGCCGAACCCAGCCCGGCCAGGCCCCCUGCCUCUCGCGCUCUCGAUCCCACGGGGACCUGGUCCCGGCGGCCAGCACCGCCCCUCCCCCCCCCCAGGACCUGGCGAUUCCGGACCUUUCCGAUCGUGGACUGAACGGAGGGAGCGUUGUCGCCCCCGGAGGACCGCGGGGCUGGGCUGAGCGGACCCUCGCGGCCGCUCCGGACGCCGCAGGUGCCAGAGCGCGGUCAUUCUGGGUCCGGGCUGAGCGCGUCCCGGGCGCCCACGGGUGCCAGCUUACUGCCGGCAGGGCAGGGCAGACCCCGGCGGAACCCGGAGCCAGCUGAUCUGGACUGGACAGAGCGAAUCCCGGACGGCGCUGAGUCCGGGGAAUGCCAGGCGGGCACUGAGGGUAUCCCGGCGCCUUCCCAUCCUUCUGACUUUGGCUCUCGCGCUGGGACCCGCCCGGCGUCGCUUCAGUGGCCCUGUGCCCGGGUCACCUGUGGCCUCGGAGCCCCGGGCCCGCCAGACCCUCGCUCGUUCCCCACCCGGAACUCGGCGGGGGUUGGGGGAGAUUUUUCCUGCCCCCUUCCUUGGAGCGUGGAGGCCCCGCCCCCUCCCACCGCCCAGAUGUCUCUGGUGGCGGCUCUGAGGACCUCCCUGAGGCCAGGGGCUGAAGGGUCCAGAGAGAGAAGCCCGCCCUAGGAAGCCUUGGGGGCCCCCCAACCUCGCCUUGGGACUUGGCCCCCCCACACACACACUGCUCGGAAGGAAGGCCGGUGCCCCUACCCUCGGGGGCUGCCCUCCUCCACUCCAGCUCCCUUCCCAGAGCCACCCACAUCUGGACCCCCUUCACAUCUGGAAGACCCCAGCUACCAUCCCUCUGAAGGUGUCAGUUGCAUCUCAAGACCUCUGCCUUUGCAGUUGCCUAGGAGUUGUGAAGGGAUAACUGCUGCCUUCCCCCCAUCCCAAGGGCAUCUCUUACCCUUAGUCCCUGCAGAGUCAUCCCCCUGCCUCUCUGUCCAGCUUAGCAUACCCACAGGCACUUCAAGUCCUGGAGGCCACUCCUGAGACCCAAGGCUCCUCCCCCUGCCCUCCUGUGUCCUCACCUUGACCCCCUCUAUCAGAUUCUGUCUCCCUCUGGGUCUCAUUCCCCACCCAGAGGUAGAGGAGGCGGGGUGGCAGGGGGCAGGGGCUGGGUGAGGGCCACCCAGGGCCAGGGUGGGCUGGGGGGCCGUUAAGAUGUGGAGCUCUGCCCGGCUGAGGGGGGCUCCGUGGAGGCAGCAGCGUGUGCCCGGCUGGGGGGAGUAUGGGCAGGCCUGCGGCCACCUGGUAAAGGAUGAACAUUCGGGGCACCCCGGACCUCGGGCAGCCCAGUGACGACCCCAGCAGUGGUGGCGAGCGGGAACGGAUUCGACAGCGCAUGAAGAUGGUCAUCGGGCAGCUCGAGGGCAUACUGCGGGAGCUCAAGGAGGUGGCCAAGGAACUAAGGGAGGUGGUGAGCCAGAUCGAUAAGCUAACCUCCGACUUCGACUUUGAACUAGAGCCGGAUGACUGGACCACAGCCACUGUGAGCAGCACCUCCAGCAGCGACAAGGCGGGUGCGGGCGGCCCCUUUGACCUGGGCCACCUGGACUUUAUGACAGCCGACAUCCUCUCGGACAGCUGGGAGUUCUGCUCCUUCCUGGACGUGUCCACCCCGUCGGACUCCGUGGACGGCCCCGAGUCGGUGCGGCCGGGGACUGGCACUGACUACCGGCUCAUGAACGGCGGCAUGCCCAUCCCCAACGGGCCCCGGGUGGAGACCCCAGACUCCUCCAGCGAGGAGGCCUUCGCCGCCGGCCCAGUGAAGGGCCAGCUGCCCCAGCGGACCCCGGGCACACGGGAGAGGGUGCGGUUCAGCGACAAAGUGCUCUACCAUGCUCUGUGCUGCGAUGAUGAGGAGGGGGACGGCGAGGAGGAGACGGCGGCAGCGGCAGAGGAGGAGGUGGGCCUGUCCCCGGAGCCUCCCCAUGCGGAGGCCCACGCGGGCCCCGUCAAGCCCUCCCCGGCGCCCUACAAGCCCAGGCGCUCCCCACUGACGGGCCGCCGCUCGGGCCCCACCACAGCCCCCGAGCAGACCCGAAGGGUCACAAGGAACAGCAGCACCCAGACGGUGUCAGACAAGAGCACUCAGACGGUGCUGCCCUACACAGCCACCAGACAGAAAGCCACCGGGAAGAACUAGGGGCCGGGGUGGGGGCUGGGGGCGGUGGGCACAUAGAGCUAUAAAUAUAUAUAUAUAUAUAUAUGUGUGUGUAUAUAUAUAUAUAUUUAAACAAACUCAGUCAUAAUAAAAUUUUAAAAUGCUAAGGGUCCGACCCCACAGACACCAGAGCUUUCACGAGCUCGUCUUAGACACAGAGAUGCCUCCUCAUCUCCUAGGUCCCCAGAGGCGUGGCCAGAACCCCCUCCCUCCCUUCCUAUGGCAGGGUCCCUGAACGGAGUGUCCCGAAGUGGGUGAAUGAUUUUGGGAAAUCUAACCUGGGACUCGUCUAUCUUGGUGGCGGAGUCUGACUGCCGGCCUGUUCCAUAGCCUGGAGGGGACUCAGCAGCAGGAGACAGGCUCUGGAGGAGCAGGGUCCAAGGCCAGGGCUAACUGUUGAUGUGAUUCAGAGGAGACUGCAAGACCGAGGGUCUGGGUCACCCGUGCUGGGCCCAGGAUCACUUGCAGCAGCCCCACCCCACCCAGUGCCUUCUACGCUGAGGCUGACUUUUGCCUCUCCUUCCCAAAGGCAAAUUUCCUGGGAUAUAGGCGGUCCCACCCACUUCCAUCUUGGGGUUGCCCAGCACGUAGAGAAGGGGCCAGCUGCUUCCAUGGGUGGGCCUUCAUGCUGGGAAGCUGGGCUUCCGUGGACCCUGGAGGCCAGGCUGGGCUGGGCAGAGGUUUGUUGGGAAAGCCUGGAACACUCGGAAUCCUUUCAGCUCCCAUGCUCAGCCUUGACCUCUAGGGAUCAAAAACUCAGAGCAGAACCUCCGCCAGCCUCUGCUUGGCCCUGAGGAGACCUGAGGUCCGUAUGAGAAAGCAGGCAGCUGCCACCGUGGGGCUGUGAACCAGAGCCACAAACAGGUUCUAUAGCAGGCAGUCCCGGAGAGGAAUCCAGUGGCCAUACUCUGUCCCUGCUUCUCCGCCUUGGGACACCAACAGAGACAAGAUGGGAGCCUAGAGGUACCAGGGCAUCAUGUGGGGCUUGGCCUCUACGCAGGGACCGCAUCUGGUAUCCUUGCGAUAAUAAUUACAAUCACAGCUCGCAUUUAUUGGGCAGGUCCCUAUGCCACUAGAGCACCGAGGUCAUUUUAAGUAUUAAUUCACUUAAUCUUCACAACAACCUGACGAAAUGGGAACUAUCAUUAUCCCCAUUUUUUACCGGAGGAGACUGAGAGCCUCAGUGUGUUAAGUAACUGGCCCAAAGUCACAGAGCCUGUGCCACCCUGCCCACCAUGAGCGUGUGGUUUCUGGGCCGUACCUGGCUCUGCUCUCCAGCAGAGCCAUGACCUUGAGCCAGUCCAUGUGCCUCUCUGAGCCUAUCUACCUCACCUAUAAAAUGGAGCUGAGAGUCGUCCCUGACCUCAUCAGGGGCUCUUGGGUCUGGCAAGAUGGGGAAUAUGAAAGCAGUUGGUAAACGCCAAGGCACUGGACAAGUAUCAUGGUCAGUGCAACCCCAACCUAGAUCCAGUGUUUUCCAGGUGGGGAGCCCUGCAUGGAGCAGGCAGAGAAGCCACUCCCAUCAACUGGGAGCUGUCCCAGGGUCACUGCUUCACCUUGCCCCACAGCAGCUUGAGGUCAGGAGAUGGAUGCAGCUUGAUUCACUGCCCCUCGCUCAGAGCAAGGAGGUAAGGACAUGGCUCCUCAGGGGCCUCCCUCCCUGCUGUGCAUUUUCAUUAAGGCAGAUUCACAGCCCACCUGGCAGGAGGGGUCUCUGCUCCUCACAUGGGGGCCUGGCAGCACCUACUGCCCCUGGCCUAAGGGGCCAGGGGAACUGCUGUCCAGCCUCAGCAGUGGGGGAACCAGAGGUUGUGUGGGCCAGUCUGGAGUAGAUGCUGGGGAGCUCUCCGGAUAAGAUGGGCCAGGUCUGGGAUGCCUGCUCUGCAGAGCUGGGAUCUUUUCUCAGGCCUGGGCUGAGGUCAGAGCCCUAAAGAUCUAGCUAGGGUGCAGCCUUCAGGGUAGAAAUCCAGGAGUGGGGUGGGCUGUGGCUGGCUCUUCUAGGUCCAGGCCUGAGAACCGGGGGUCUGAGCUCCUUUGUCAGUCCCAGGAAUCUCUCAGGCAGUGGGACUGAUGAGUGAUGGGCUUGGAGAAUGAAUGCCAGGCACCCCCAGGGCCAGCUGGGUUCUGGCCUAUCUGACAGUGAGGAGGGGGCAGUCCUGAGUGGCCCCCCCGCAGCCCCAGGUAGGAGCACACCUAGCUCUGAAGCAGGACUUCCAUUUCUACCUCCAGCACUUGUUUGUGCUCUCCUAUGGCAAGAUUGGUUUUAGACUUACAGUCUCUCAUCUUUACAAUAGUCAGGGGAAAGAAACCUACAGAGUAAUACCCAUUUCCCCCAGGAAGAAACUGAGGCCCCGAGCCCGGGACAUCUGAGAGGGAGCCCCGGGUAAGGCCUUGUCCCUUCCUGGGAGCCUCCUCCCCACCCCGACACUGGCUCUCUAUGUGAUGGCCUGUGGUCACGACUAAUGUCCAUUAGUUAGCCAGACCUGUUCCCUGGACCACCAGCUGGCUACUUGCCCCCAAUGGGGCAGAGAUGCAAGGGGGUCCUGGAAGAUGGCGAAGUGGGUAUGUAUUCUGGAAGGCCCCUCAAAUUACCUGACUUCAUAACUGGGCCACACCCAGUCUGGGCCUCACUGACAGUAGGGUGGAAUCUCCACAACAUCCUUAUGACUUCAAAGGCAGAACGUAGCCCCCUAGGGAGAGAAGGGUGACAGAGCUGUUGAGCCACAGAAUACAUGGUUACUGAGUAGUGAGCUCCCUGUCCUUGAGCAGACGCCGCCAUCCCUGAGACCUACUCCUCGACCUCCUUGCUCCUCCAGGUACGAUCCCUCCCUGCUCAUCCCCACCUCCCAACCUUUGCCAGUUUCUAGGUUCCUUACCCAGAAUGUCCUCUCAGAUCUCCCUGUUUCCAAGAGAUCUUAUUUCACGGACCACCUACUGUGUGCUCAGACUUGUGCUGACCAGAGCUGUGCAGGUGGUGGAAGAAGACAGGCGCUCGUAACACAGGGCAGAAUCAUAAUCAUAUCUCGCUUUCACUGAGUACCUUACUAUGCACUGGAUGUUACUCUAAGCAUGUGCCUUAGCUCACUUGUUUCUCGCGGCGAAUAUGAGCUAAGCACUUUCACUUACGCCUGCUUUCCAGAUGAGGGACCUGAGGCUCUGAGAGGUUAAAAAAUUUGCCUAGGGGCAAAGGAUGGGUUGUGGCACCAGGAUUCAACCCCAAUGUCAAUGACUUGGCACUCACACAUCUGCUACAGUCAAAACCUGUGGUGUAGGAGUUCCCGUCGUGGCUCAGUGGUUAACGAAUCUGACUAGGAACCAUGAGGUUUCGGGUUGGAUCCCUGGCCUCAAUUGGUGGGUUAAGGAUCUGGCGUUGCCAUGAGCUGUGGUGUUGGCCCCAGAUGUGACUCUGAUCCUGCAUUGCUGUGGCUGUGGUGUAGGCCAAUGGCUACAGCUCCGAUUAGACCCCUAGCCUGGUAACCUUCAUAUGCCACGAGAGUGGCCCUAGAAAAAGAAAGAAAGAAAAAAAAAAAAAGAAAAAAACCCAAAACCUGUGGUGUAAGCAGCGCUCUGGUUUCAGGCAAUGAGGGAGGGGGCUGGGGCUGUGAGAGCCAGGUGGGCCUGUGGGUCAGUGGGGGUGUUGGGAGCAGGAAACCUGUGAAUGUCAUUCAGUCUUGGGAGAGCUUGGCUACUGUUAACCUGAAUGUCACAGCCCUUGACACAGAGCCUGGCACCAAAUGGAUUAUUGGUUCAAUAAAUGUUUGUUGAAUGAAUGAAUGAGCCCUA